GACAUCUCCUUUACAACUAUAUAGUGCACCCCAUUACAAAAAAUUGACCUACUCCACUUCCUUUUCAGUGCAUUCCAUUAUAUAAGAAAAUCCAAUCAAAGGCUUCUUCAGUCAAAUUAAACCUCACAUUAAGAAAACCAGCUCUCUAUCUUUCUUCCUUAAAGAAAACACAAAGCAACAUGGGAAAAUCUGGGGCUGUGAUUCUUGUUUCGUUUUUGUUCGUCUGUUGUGUUGUUCCAAGUUUGGCCACAGUUCAUACUGUUGGGGACUCAACUGGGUGGGCACUUAGUGGAAAUUAUGCCACUUGGGCAAAAGGAAAAACUUUUAAAGUGGGUGAUUCACUUGUUUUCAAGUAUCCAAGUGGACACACAGUGGAUGAAGUAAGUUCAAGUGACUACGAGUCAUGCACUCCUGGAAAUUCCAUAUCGUCCGAUAGUAGCGGCUCCACCACUAUUCCUCUCAAGACUGCCGGCACUCAUUACUUCAUUUGUAGCGUAAUGGGCCAUUGCAGUGGCGGCAUGAAGCUCUCCGUCUCCGUGGCAGCAGCCGCAGGUGGCGGCGGUGGAGGUGGCUCCACCACCGCACCAUCAUCCGGCUCCGGCACUGCCACAACCACUCCUAAACCUGACACUACUACCACAACUUCACAUCCAUCAUCAUCACUAACUUUGUCACCAUUUAUCCCCUUGUUAGUUUCUGGGGUUGUUGCAAUAUUUAGUUAUUUCGUUAUUUAAUUAAUGUAAGUCAGGAUAGAGGCAGUGCUACCCAACCCCCCCGCCCCCCGCCCCCUUCCCCUUUUGCUUCCUUAACUUUAUUAUUUUUUUUUCUUCCUAUUUGGUUUGCUUUUUGUAAGUGGUUGUGUUGAUAAUGUCUUGUUUUCAGUUGUGAUUUCUUGGCAUGUCAUGAUGGCUCAUUUAGUGCAAAACUUGGUGCAUAAUUAUGAUUAUGACUA